AUGUCAUUCCAAAAACAGGCCAUGAAAAUACUCAUUAGCUUAGUAUUAAUCAUAUUUUUCGCGGUACAGUACACUGCUUCAACAAAUGCCAGUACUAAUUUUCAUUUCGUUAUUGAAGAAACUUCUUUCGAUAGGCUUUGCCAAUCAAAGAAGAUUCUUACUAUCAACGGACAAUUCCCAGGGCCUACCAUAUAUGCACAGGCUGGAGAAACGUUGGCCUUAGCCUUUGAAAACAAAGGGAAGGACAACGUUACAAUGUUUUGUUGUAGGGGCGUGGGUAGACAGGUGAAGUCUGAUCAAGUGGAAUGGCUAAUUGAGCCAGGGUCUAAAGUAAGAAAAAAUAUCACAAUACUUGACGAUGAGGAAGGGACACUAUGGUGGCAUGCCAUGAACAUCUGGCAACGUGCCACUGUUCAUGGCGCUUUCAUUGUCCUUCCAAAACCCGGAAAGCCUGAUGAUCAUGCCAAUAUUCCCAUCAUUUUAGGUGAAUGGUGGAAGAAGGAUGUCAAGGAGGUCUUCCUUGAAUAUAUUGACUCCGGCGGUGACAUAAAAUCGGACGCUUUCACUGUUAAUGGACAGCCUGGUGACUUCUACCCUUGUUCAAACAAUGGAACUUUUAGGAUAGCAGUGGAUACUGGGAAGAAAUAUCUUCUCAGAGUUGUGAACGCUGCAAUGAGUAAAACACUCUACUUUGGGAUUGCAAGACACAACUUAACCGUUAUGGCGAUGGAUGGAAGUCCUGUAACAGAGCCAUUUACAACAGACUACGUCAAAUUGACUAGACAACAGUCGAUUGACUGCAUCUUUGAGGCGAACCAACAUCAAGAUUAUUAUUAUAUGGUCGUUGUAACAUAUAUUGGUGAGACGUACGACACGAAUAAAAUUACAACCGCCAUUAUAGAAUACCACGGGAAUUACACACCCUCGUCACCACCUCUUCUACCUCUUCUUCCCAACUUCUCCCCCAACUACGAUAAAAGUUCUAGUAGGAAUUAUUUAAAUGUAAUAAUGACUUUUGUAAUUUUGGGUUUAUUUUUCUGUACGACAUUGGUUAUUGUUUGGAAUAGGCGGCCUAGUAGGCGUCAUAGAAGUGCAAUGGUCACUCCCCUGUAA